AUGGAUGCGAUCAAGCAGCUUGUCCUGAUACGCGACUCGUCGCCCCAGUCAAACACCCUCCCCUGCUCAAUCCUAGGCUGUUACACAGCCAUGUGUAUAAAGGUUAACCUCUGGAUCGAGCAGCUUGCACAAACCACUGGACUCGUUUUGAUGUGCGAGAUCAACAAAGUGCGCAGGCAGCGUGGGGAUCUAUCACGGCGCUACCGUAGAGUGAAGGGCGGGCGGGUCGGAAAGCAAAAGCCAAGACCGGCCCGCGAGCGCGACUCAAGCGAGGCACUAUUGAAACGCAUCAGGGCUAUGGCACUGGCAAGCUGGACUGUCGAGGAAAUCGCAACCGACUGCAAUCUGAAUUCCUCUGGCACGAGUGCCUGGCAGGGUGUCAUGCCGCCAAAGGAUCUCGCCCCAGGGUCGGCAGCGCUUGGAAACACGCUCUCUGUAGAAUUCAGCGAGUUACGGGUGAAGAGCCCCCAAGCGAGCGAGUGGAGAUGUCCCUGGAAUUGCCGAUGUAUUCGAGAGCGGAAAUGGGACCUGGAGCUGGGGUCAAUGGCGAUCUGGGCCCAAAUAUAG